AUGCUUCUCAAGUUCUCCCUCCUCGGCCUCUUCGCCACCUCAGUCCUCGCCGACGGCGCCGCCAUCGUGGCCGCUAUGGAUGAGAUCGCGGCCCAGAACACGGAGCUGGGCGACACCGUGUCGUCCUGGGAUGGCGGCCUCUUCGGCACGCUCCCCAUCAUCAUCGACUCCACCAAGCUCCUCAUCAAGAUCAACGAGGCCACCAAGGUCGCCGAAGACUCGGAGCCGCUCAGCGCCCUCGAGGCCAUCGGGGUGGCGCAGGCGACGCAGAAGCUGUCGAGCGGCGUGCAGACCACGCUCACCGCCGUCGUUGACGCGAAGCCCAAGUUUGACAAGCUCCUGCUGAGCCCGGUCAUUCUGCUCAACCUCAAGUCGGAGCAGAGCGCGACGGACAAGUUCAGCGCGGCUGUCAUUGAAAAGGUCCCCGAGGCGUUGCAGGCCUUCGCUAAGACGCUGAUUGAGCCGAUUGAUACGGCGUUCAACAAUGCCAUUGACGCUUGCAGCUGA